AAGAACAAAAUCGAAGAGAGAGAAAAUGACAAUGUUGUGUUUUCAGUCUUUCAACAGUCAUCAUCCUUCUUCUUCUGCCUGAGUUACUUCAUUCAAUUUCAUUCCUUAUCAAUCCUCUUCUUCUUCCUCUUCUUCUUCUUCUUCUCUUAUCAAUUCUCUUUUUUCUUCUUCAUUUUCUAUUAAUUGCUCUUCCUCUCCUCAGAAGAUAGCAAUGGGAAUAUAUCUCAGUACUCCCAAAACUGAAAAGUUUUCUGAAGACGGCGAAAAUGACCGUCUUAGAUAUGGUUUAUCAUCAAUGCAAGGCUGGCGUGCAUCAAUGGAAGAUGCUCAUGCUGCAUAUACUGAUCUGGACAAGUCUACUUCAUUUUUUGGUGUUUAUGAUGGUCAUGGAGGUAAGGUGGUUGCAAAGUUUUGUGCUAAGUUUCUUCACCAACAGAUGCUAAAAAAUGAAGCAUACUUAGCUGGAGAUAUAGGAACCUCUCUUCAACAAGCUUUUCUAAGAAUGGAUGAGAUGAUGCGUGGUCAAAGAGGAUGGAGGGAGCUAUCAAUCUUGGGAGAUAAGAUAAACAAGUUCAGUGGGAUGAUAGAAGGGUUGAUUUGGUCUCCACGAAGCAGCAAUGGUAUUAACCGAGUUGAUGAUUGGGCCUUUGAGGAGGGACCUCAUUCUGAUUUUGCUGGACCAACUUCAGGAAGCACAGCCUGUGUUGCAGUUAUUAGAAACAACCAAGUUGUUGUUGCAAAUGCUGGUGAUUCCCGUUGUGUAAUAUCUCGGAAGGGCCAGGCAUACAAUUUGUCUAGAGACCACAAACCUGAUCUUGAGAUUGAGAAGGAAAGAAUCUUAAAAGCUGGUGGUUUUAUUCAUGCAGGACGAGUGAAUGGCAGUUUAAACCUUGCAAGAGCUAUUGGUGACAUGGAAUUUAAACAGAAUAAGUUUCUUCCCGCUGAAAAGCAAGUUGUAACUGCCAAUCCAGAUAUAAACACUGUUGAGCUUUGUGAUGAAGAUGAGUUUAUGGUGUUGGCUUGUGAUGGCAUAUGGGACUGCUUGUCAAGUCAACAAUUGGUAGAUUUAGUUCAUGAACAACUGUGUUCGGAAACGAGACUUUCUACAGUGUGUGAAAGAGUACUUGACCGGUGUUUGGCACCAUCAACUGCUGGUGGCGAAGGAUGUGAUAACAUGACCAUGAUCUUGGUGCAGUUCAAAAAACCUGCUCAGUCCAGUGCACCUGCAGAAGAGCAAUCAUCAUCAAACGAACCAGCUGAAUCACAUGUUGAACCAAAAGUGGAAAGAAACGAAGUUUAGUACUGUAUUCUGUAGUAACAGUUCAAAUAUGUGCAUUCUAUGUAUAAAAGACACAAAGUUCAAAUACCCCUUUCUAUAUAAUAUAAUGUAUAAUAGACACACAGACAAGCGUAUGUAUAGUAUUAGUGUACACCAGUGAUACAUUGCAUCUGAAUACCCAUUCUCCUUUCAUCUAGCACUAUGAAGUGCCCA